AUGUCGUUCUCGCCCCCUCCCCCUCCGCCCCCACCCCUCGAGUCUCCGCGCUCUAUAUCAAGCUCCCCCCCGCCGCCCCGCCGAGCGCGGACAGCAUCGUUCCAGUCCCUCAUCGACGCCAACCCCCACUACGGCUUCUGCGCGGCCACCGGCGACGCACUCGCUUCCGCACCGUCGCUCAAAGAUCUUCGCCGCAACAGCGCGGGCAGUCGCACAACGAUGGGUGGACGCAGAGGGAGCAGUGUCAGUGCUAUGAGCCCCGGCGUGGGCCUGCCCAGGAACGAGAGCUUCCCCAUCCACGAGCAUGAAGAGGAGGAUCUGAGGAGGGGCAGGGUCGCGGCGGAUACGGCGGACGGAGAGAUAGCCCCGCUGCAGCCGCAGGAGAAGGGGGAGGCGGAGAAGGAGCAUAAUCCGGGCUGGUGGGCGGUCACGGUGCAGGGAUUGCUGUCGUUCUGGAAGUUCUUCAAGACCCCGCUGGGCUUCUGCAUAACGAUAUACAUGCUCAAUGUCAUCGCAUGGGGCGGCAUGCUGUUCCUCCUGCUCAUCAACGCAGCACCGGCAAUGUGCAAGCCCUCGUGCAACUACAUCAACUCCCCGCGCCGCAUCUGGAUCGAGAUCGACUCGCAGAUCCUCAACGCGCUCUUCUGCGUCACCGGCUUCGGGCUGAUCCCGUGGCGCUUCCGCGACCUGUACUUCCUGCUCAAGUGGCGCGUCGCCGGGCAGAAGUCGGCGCUGGUGCGCCUCGCCACGAUCCACGACGGCUGGUUCAGGAUCCCGGCGGGGGAGGGCGGCGUCGAGGCGGGCCCGAGGGAGACGGUCACGGGCGAGAGGGCCCCGCCGACAAAGAGUUGGAAGAUGGACUUUGUCGUCUGGCUGUAUGUGUGGAAUACGUUCCUGCAGGCGGUGCUGAGCGGGUUUAUGUGGGGCAUGAACCGCAUUGAGCGGCCGAGCUGGAGUACGGGGUUGUUUGUGGCGCUGGCGUGUAUUGUGGCGGGUGUUGCGGGGGGGGUGGUGUGGUGGGAGGGGAGGAAGGUGAAGAGGAUCGAGGGCGUCGAGGAGAAGAAUGAGGGGAAGAAGGGCGAGAAGAGAGCAGAGGAGAUGGUGGAGGUGUAG